AGUUCAAGCACGUUUUCCUUCUCCCUGUUUUCUAUCUGACCGGUGGCAAUAAAAUACCAUUAUUUGUGAAAUAUGAACAAUAUGUUGAAACUAGCAUUAUGCGUUAACGGCUUCAGAACCUUGUUAAAUCCUGUAAGAAAUGUACUAUCGGUGACCUGCACAAAUCAACAGAGGCAAAUAGCUCGUAGUCUGUGGCACAUGAGUGCAUCACAUAAUGAAAAAAUAAAAAAUUCUACCCUUAGCCAAUUAUGUAGUUGUGGUUGUGGUAGAACAAGAGGAGUUCAUAGCAAAGGUGAAAAAGCACUGGUGGAAUUUCUCACAGAGGAGAUCCUGGCAGAGCGCAAAGCACAGAAGGUUAAGACAAUUCCUUCAGAAUUGGCUGGCUUCGAAGCAAGUCUGAAUGGAGCUGAAAUCACCUUAACCAAAAAAAUUGAAGAGGAAAUCAUUAAAAUAAUAUUUAAUGUCAACCACUCUGUGGAUACUGAUGUAGAACCUGAACUGCAUGAAAAUUCAGAGAAACCUGAACUUGGGGAACUCAAAUCAAAACCAUCAUUCAAAGUUGACCUGAUUAGAGGAAAUUCAACAGUGAGUUUGUCAUGUUCAUUCAUCAGUCCCAAUGAUCAACAAGAUGAAGGAUACAAUGAUAUUUUUGGUAUUGAUGAAAUCAGCAUUUAUGAUGGUGAAUGGAAUGAAAAUGUUUAUGCAGUAUCUGGGGAAGUUGUUGAUUCGGUACGGUACUUGUAUGAUCUCCUGAUGACAUACUUAGAAGAAAAAGGAAUCUCAAAUGAAUUUGUGGAAAAGUUGUCUGAAUACAGCACAGCAUAUGAGCACACAGCCUAUAUUGGUCUUUUAGAAGGGUUAUCCAAGUUUGUUUCAGGAAAAUAAAACAUGUAAUUGUUCUCAAUAUUAAGGAUUCCAAUAAACUAGUUUAAGAUGAUUUCAGGAGAUUUUUCAUUAUUAAAAUUCAGAAUUGUUGAUCAAUAUUAUAAUAAGUAAUGUAAACAAUUAUAAAAAUUGAAAUAAAUUAAACUCAAUAUCAAAUAAGUGUAAAGCAUACAUAAAAUAUUAAAUAAUUGAACUU